GGAUAAAGUUAUCACGAGAUAAAAUAAGAAGAAGAGUAUAAAUUUAGGGAUGGGACCUAUGGGCCACCGUACUAACCUGUGUAAAUCGAGCAGUCCUUAAGGUAACAUGUUGAAAAAAAAAAGUUGCAUUCAUACCAAGAAAUGACUUUGGGGAAAUUUGACGUAUGCGAGAACGUUGUGAAAAUAUUGUGUAAGAUGUUUAUAUUUAGACACUUUUAAUCUAUUCUUCGCACAUUUUUAUAAAUUUAUACUUAGUAUAAGGUCGGUACACACUAGGCGACAAGUCGCUGCAACAGAAUUUUGUCGCCGCAACAAGUCGCACAAAUUCGUCUGAUUUGAUAUUUUGCGACUUGUCACAGCGACAAAAUUCUGUUGCGGAGACAACGAUUUUCACAAAAAUUCUCGAGUACACACGAGGCGAUUUGUCGCUGCGACAAGUCGCCUCACCGUGUUGCUGCAACUAGUCGCCCGACCUGCUAGCCUCCCCGCAGACGCCCUUUGGGGUUCGUUUGUCACGCAUUGAUUUCUCCCUCACGGACAAUGGAGACAAACGAUCUGUCGCCGCGACGUGUUGUCGCGGCGACGUGUCGCCAACUUGUGUACCGACCUUAACUUACCUCAGUGAAAUUCGGCCAUUAUUUUUUUCUUGAAAUUAAGCUAAGACCUAUAAUUUUGACCUAGUUUUAUCUAGUAUCAAGAUAUAUUUUUAUUUCGUCGGAAUAGCCCGAAAUCCACGUGAAAGUUUAACAACUUUGCAUGAACAAGUGAAAAACAGAAUUAGCAUCAGACACUUUCUGGCUAUUUUCAGUUUUACCGCAGUAAACCCUGGUGUAUAACAUAUCAUGUCAGUAUCAGCAUAUAAAAGGAAAACUGUUCUUUAAUUACGUUUGCAUAUUUGCGCCUUCAUUUCCGGAUUUGUUGCGGACUAUUUCUGCAGUUUUGAAUCAGUAUCAAGGAAAUAAGGACCAUAUGAUCUUUUGAAAUCUAGGGCGAGGUUUGCUUUAUAUACAUGUCAGUGUGAAUUUGUUCUGUUUGCGUUAUCGCUGAAUAUUGCGUUACUGAGGGAGUAAUAACGACUCGACGUAAUCGGAUGAAAUUCAGGCUAGCUCAAUGCGUGCUGUUUUUCGUUUUUAACUUUUAUUGCGGUUUCGCGGUUUUCGUCAGUUUCUAUUGCUGUAAAUUUGAGUUUUUAAUUUCAAGUGUUCCAAAAGAGGUCGACGGGGACGCUACCCUCCCCCCGCCCCUUGCUUUACCUAACGUCUGGCUGGUCCACCACUAAUUGGUAAAAUCAAGAUGAAAGUUUCCGAAGUUGCAUUCUAUUCCAUCCGAUUUUUCAAGUUGUAACUGGAAACCGGAUAGAUUUUGGCCAUUGUUCAAUUGUUUUCAACAGAUAAAUUGCCCUAUUGUUCAAUUGUUUUCAACAUAUAUAUUGUCGUAUUUAAGCUCCCGCUGAUGGCAGAAUCGCUGAACAGGGUCAAUCGUGCACUUUCUCAUUCCUUGUCUCAAAUGGUCGGUUUGAGUUUCUCUGUUGGCAACAGCCGAUCUUUAGAGGGUUCUCAAUAAAGGACAGAAUCAAUAUAUCCACCGAACCUUAAUUUGCUAAAUUACCACAGAGACAAGUGUUUAUACAUACACAUCCAAAGUUCUCCUUCCUGUUUUUUUGUCUGCGUGAACUUCGGAACUGCCCCGCCCCUACUCCCGCCCUCCGUCUUGAUUGACAAAGUACGUGCCCCUGCGAUACGUAUUGUGGUUGAAAAUGUGGUAUUUUUACUUUCCCAGAUAGAGGACGGUCACGUCUUAAUUUGAACUCGCAUAACAAGCGUUUUGCGUCGUUCAUGGUUGUAAAAUUAGCUAGAUUCGCCCAAAAUCUUGUGAAAAUCGUUGUCUUUUUGCGUCGUUUCUGAUCCGCUGAUCAUCGUUACUGCAUACUCAGUUCCUCGUUGUGACAGGCGCCAAGGUAAAAUAAGAAUCCUUGGGGAGUUUUGUUCUGCCUCAUUCGACGGAGAUAUUUCACAGGACUUGACCUGCAUUUGACGACUGGUAGGUGAAUGUUUCUUUUGCUUUUGCAAAUUACGGUAGAAGGACCGUUUGAUCGCAAUGUGCAGCAAAUCUAUCCCUGUUAAGACUUACUCAGUAAUAUUUAAAGUUUAUGUUUUGAAGGCACAAAUGACUUACCAAGUUCGCUGCGGGAUCUCGCUGUUGUGAGCUUUUUUGCUUUCUAUUCUUGAGCAUGUACUCGAAAAUCUGCGCAUCAAAUAGAUUUUUUAAAUAUAUUUUGCUAUUUAUUUCACUGAUCUAAACGUUGUGCAACGCAAGCAUUUUGUAAGUUCGUAAGCCAUGUCGAGGCAAGCAAGAUUGAUUAAUCGUAAACUCGCCAAGAGAGAAGAAAGAAAAGGAAAGUUUCGCUUGGUUGUUUUCGUUUUUAAGUUGUCAAGCUUAGCUGCAAAUUAUUUGCACUUGAUCAUGUUUUCCACAAGGCUAGGUACGUGGACAACGUGCAAAACCAACUUAGUUAAGCUUCUGUUUAACAAUUCAAAGGUCACGGUGGGGAAACACUUCCAAAUGACCUUUUGUUGUUUUUAAAAUUUCAGUUGUCCUGUCUGAGCAGAAAUAUGCCUAUUUGCAUGCUGUUGAACGUGUUGAAAUACAGUAUAUUUUUUGUGUGUGACCCUCUCGGAUUAAGUUUGUAGAUUACUUCAUUUCAUUUGGUGGGUGUGAUCUAUAUAAAAUAUGUUAUGUCAUCGUCACAACUCGAAAAUUGUGGUGUAUUUAGCAGACUUUUAAUAUUGGACUAUUACGACCUUGACACUGAUCAGAUCUGAUCAAAACUUCUAGAAAGCGCAAUAAAAAAGCGGAAAUGUUAAAGAUAUAUUUACAGAUGUAUUGGUAUUGUAUGCAGUAAGAAGCUAUAAAUAUAGUGUGAGUCCCCGUUCAGAUAUUGAAGAACGUCUGUCAAUAAUGUCUAGAUAGUGGAUGCAACACCCUCUUUUGAUUCAGUCUUCUUUGUUUUUUUUCAUUUAAGGCUUUUUAAAGUCAUGUCUAGCUUUAAACCCGGAUUUGUCCUUCUAGUCCUAACUCAGGUGAGUGAUUUUAAUUUUGAACAUGGUAACAUUAAAUUUUUAAACCUAUAUUUUAUCUAACAGUUUCACAUUUGAAUAGUUUGGCGGAAGAAUUGUUUAUAGUUGAUAAUACUCACUAUCCUUGGAAGAGCCUUUUGAACUGUGCAUGGGUAACUUUUCUCAUUUAUUAUAUUUUUUUUCCUCAGGCUACUCUCUUGAGUGCUGGUAAGUAUUUUACCAUUGUCCAUGUUGGUUGUUUAGUUUAGGCCAUCCUCUAUUUUUUGUCCAUUUAGCGUCAUCCGACCGACUGAAAUUUUUGGCAUUCAAAAAAAAAAGUAACGACGUAGUUAAACCAUUUUUCACUUGAAAUAAUUCUUUUAAUAUGAAAAAUGAGCAUAGUAACAGCAUAGAGAAAAACAGGAACAAACACAGAUUGGUAAGAUUGGUGAGUUUUUAGUAAAUAACAGCUUCUUUGUUGAGCAAGCUCUGAUUUAUUUUAAUUCUAGCGGGCGAUUGGGGGGGGGGGAGUAUGACAAGCACCCUCUGGAAUGGAAAUUCUAGUGGGGUGGGGAUCUCAAGCAAAAGUGCCCUCCAUGGGAGGGGGAGUGGUGGGGGUAUGAAUAUUUUCUGGAACUACACGUUCUGCGCAUGGUCAUAAUACCCCAGUCACAUUUCCAUUUUCUGUGUAACAAAUUCCUGCUUUGAGUAGUAUUAACCUUAUGACUGCAUUUUGUUAUUUUCUAGUAAAAGAUGGAGUGUGUCCAAAGGCAGGACCAUUUGGUGCCUGUGUGGUGACCUGUGGAGCUGAUGAAGAUUGUGAUGGAUCUAAAAAGUGCUGCAGCAACGGCUGCGGUGCUUGGUGUGUGGAGCCAAGUAAGCAUCAUAAACCUGCCUUUUUUGCAAGUAACUUAUUUACGUAUUACAUGGGGCAGUGCAGCAGCCUUGUUUACUAGUUUUUGUAGGCCAUUGGAAUUGUUCUGUUUGUUUUGCGAGGGAUUACAUUAUUUUACUGCUCUUUAGAAUGCUGUUGACAGCCUGUCCUUUGCAUCAGACUCUAUCAAAGGUAAAAAAUGACCAGGAAAUAGUAGAGACAGACUCAACAAGUUUAAGGGUUGUGUCCUUCUUUGGAGGUCUCCAUUAAAAGAGUUGACUGGUUAAUUAUGUUUCGAUGAGGAAAACAUCUUUGUUUUCUCUUUUUCUUCAGUGUGCCCACCAGGACAGGAGCAUGUGAACUGCCCUUCCCAGCUCUGUAACUAUGUUGGAUGCCCCGAUCAGCCUCAAGAGAGUUUAAGAUGUGUAGUGGAAUCCUGUGGGAAGUGUAGUGUAAAGUUUGUCAACAAAACAUCUGGAGAAACAGUUGAUUGUGGCCCAGGUAAAUGUGUUUGAAAAGUUUGUCCAAGUCCAGGCUCUGUAAGAGGCGAAAUGUCCAGAAAGUUUUCUACGCUGAAGAAUGAUCAUUAAAUCUUCAUCAUGAUUAAAGCAGUCAAACUGUUUGUUAAGUUUUGAUGUCAGAAAAAAUUGUUGUAUGCCAUGCAUCACCUAGUGAUUCACUGCAUAAGACGUUAGAGAGACGUUUCCCUGUUAGUAUUAUGAAGGUCUAACCGUGUUCUUAUUUUAUAUCUCGAUCCUUUAUAGUGGAGUCAUUAUGUAAACGGAUGCUUGCUGCUACCCAGAAAAGACCUCUUCUCCUUGGUCAGUACAAGCCUUCUUGCGAUGCAAAUGGUCAUUUCAACAGCAUUCAAAAUCAUGAAGGAUAUUACUUCUGUGUGGAUGAAAGAGGAAUUCCUGAUUUUUCAACUAAGUCCAGAAACAACAACAUAAAAUGUUCAGGUAAUUUUCUGGUGAACUUUCUCCACGAUUAUGUUCUUGUACUCAAAGUACAUUCUAAAGUUUUGAAAGUGCCCAUUCACAAAAUUAAGAUGUGGUAAUCCACUGGAGGAAGGAACACAAAGUUGGAACACAGGUGUUCUGUACUGUUCUGACACAUCAUUUACCGCAUUAAACUGGGCAAUAUCAGAAUCGGAGAAAGUACCUCUGAACUGCAUUAAGUACAUGUAUGUACAGUACAAAGUGGAAAAAAAUAGAGCAGGGGGCUUGAUGUAAUAAAACUUCUACAAGGGCAAGUUACAACUGUUAUUAUUGUUUUAGAGUCUAAAAUGUUUUAGAGUCUAAAAAGAUCACUACAUUUGUAAAUUAUACUUGUAACAGUUUUAUUAAGUUGACCCCAGGAAAACAUGUCCAUUCUGUCAAGACGGGUAUCUAAACAGAAUGUGAGUUGCCCUCAGGUAGCACCAGCUCUUUAAUGAAACACUGUUAUACAGUGUCUCUCCCACUUCCAUCUCCCCCCCCCCCCGUUAUUUAGAGGGGUCAGUGUCGUUUGUUUCAGAAUUCUGGAAUUAUAUAUGGUAAAUUAGCAACCUCUACUGUAAUACAAAAACCUCUUUGGCAAGCGUUGUGAUAGCAGUAACUUGUUUUGAUUAUUUCAUUGUAUACUGUAGAUUAGUAUUGUAAAUAAACUGCUGUUAUACUAAUGAGAUUUUGGAUCAAUUAUCAGAGUUAACACCAUGCCAGAAAAAGAUGCAAGAAGCCCUGAAGCUACCAGCCAUUGGCCGCUUUGUACCCCAGUGUAAAGAUGAUGGCUCUUUUAAGGAGAAGCAAUGCCAUGCUUCAACUGGACAGUGCUGGUGUGUGGAUAAAAAUGGAUAUGAGUUUGAGGGAACUCGAACAAGAGGAAAGCUUGACUGCACUGCUACUGGUAAGAACAGUGAAGAUGUCUAAUCCAAUCUUGAUAUCUUGGUUUUGUUUGUCUCUUUCCAUGUGGGAGUCUAGCUCAAACAAUUUCCCAGGGAUUUCCAACAAGGCACCCAGUCUUUGAAUUUACUUCUACACCUGUAAACCUUCGACAGGCAUGUCUGUCUUUUUAGUGAAACUGAGCUGUACUAAAAGACAUUUUAUGGAGAAUUUUAAGGUUUAUUUUGCAUCACAUUUCUCACUUAAAUAGUCCUUGAAAAAAGCUAUUUUCAGUUCAUGUUAAUUUCUUUCUUUCCCAAUAUUGUCUCCACUGUUGUCUUUUUUCCUUUCUUUUUCUCUGUACAUGUGAUGUAAAAAUAAGGUUCUUGUCUUGUCCUGUCUUGUCAGUUUGCCCAGCCAGCUCAAAACAGCUCCAAUGUGAUCCAUCAUUGUGCAGUACUGCUUCUUGCCCUGGCCAGAAAGAUGUGAAGUGUAGAGUGAAUCCAUGCGGCAAAUGUGAGGCAGAGUUUGUCAAUCAAUACGGCCAGAAGGUUAACUGUAAGUAGCCCUUAGAAACAAGUCUUCUGUUGCUUAACACCUUGACUGACUGAAAUAACAAUCAAUAAUUAUCUGCAUGUUGUUUCCAAUGCCAGGCUAUUCUAAAUGUCAACAACAGCGUCUUGAAGCACUUGGUACCCAUUCGCUGGAUGAGAAACCUGGGCACCCUGUCGUUGGACGCUUUGUUCCACAGUGUGCUGCUGAUGGCAGUUAUGAGGAAGUACAGUGUUAUGGUUCUACAGGAUAUUGCUGGUGUGUGGAUUCCGAGGGUAGCCCUGUUCUUGGAACCAUGGUUCGUGGGUUGCCACAUUGUAACAAGUCAGCACGUGGAGGUAUUUUAUUGUAACCUUUCCCAAGAGUGCUAAAAAAGAAUGUCAAUAGCAAAUUCCAAAGUUAUAACUUUUUAAAAAUGAAAUAAAUUUUAGAAAGGUUGAAUGUAAACUUUAAAAAUUGUAAUGUCUUGUUACUCCUCUCUUUUUUCGAUAGUCUGUGGAGGCAAGCCUAUGUUCACCUGUCUGCGCAAUUUCUGUGAGUGGUCCAGCUGCCCUGCCCAUCCUGAUGCAAAAUGCAGAGUUAACCCAUGUGGGGGAUGCAAAGUAGAGUUUGUCGAUAAGGAUGGCAAUGUGGUUAACUGUGAAAAAGGUAAUAUUAAUUUAUGUGAAGAUUAUGUUGCGACAAAAUUUCUUUCUCAUCUCCUAGGACUGGUGGAAUUAACCAACAGGCUAGUGUAUAUAUAGAUUUAGUCAAGGAAAAAAGCAAAGCUGUCAUGGUAUCUUACUUUCUGAUGCAAAGUUUUCUGAGCCUGCAAUCACUUGAAUACCAUAACUGGUCAGCAGUGAACUUUAAAAAAAAACAAUCCACCUCAAUGAGUUGUACACCUGAGCCUGUGGUAAAGUCAUGUGACACUGGUCAGCAGAUGCCCUAUUUUGACAGCUGUCAGUUGAUCAUAGCAUUGAUUUUUAUUAUUUGUUUAUGCCUUGGACUUAAAACUAUUAAGUAAGACAUUUCACAUCUGCUAACCAGAAGGGGCGGUCAUAUAGAUGGAUGAUUUUUGUCAGAACCAAAAUUUCUUGGAUGUAUCGAUAACCAAAUUUUUUUACCCAUGGUGCUCUGCUGCACCUGCGAUAGCUCCGCUAUUAAAUUUUUUUUGGCAGGUAAAAAUCUGUUCUCGUGUUAAACCAGCUUUCAACCUUGUUUGACUCAGAGAUACUUGCAUGUUAAAAACUUUUAAAUGUUGUCAAAUUUAAUUAUUUUGUUCAUGGUAACACAGUGUUAGUAAGUAAAAUUAAGCUUACCAGCAGCCUCCAGUUUUAAUUGUCGCAGUUGAAGGGAUGUGUCAGGAAUAACCCCCAAAUAAAAUAUCUAAUGUACUGCUAUUAACGCAUGUAUUCUACGUUAAUGUUAUUUUAUGUUAUUGAAGAUCUGACAAAGUGUCAGGUGGAGAAUGCCAAAGCUUUAACAUUGAGCAGAAGCCCUCAACUUCAACCCAUUGGCAGGUUUGUGCCCAAGUGUGAGGCUGAUGGUAGCUAUUCACAGAUUCAGUGCUGGUCUUCGACAGGAUACUGUUGGUGUGUUGAUAAGAAUGGAGAUGAGGUACCAGGAACAAGGGUGCGAGGAAGGCCAACCUGUUCUUCUGGACGGUCAAGUAUGUAUUGCAAACUGAGUUAUUUUAUUUCAUAGAUUCUCUAUUUAACACCCUUCCCUGAUCUCCAAGAAGCUUCAAGUUUUAUGCAAAAGGCCACCCCUGUGAGUCUCUGUGAACAUCUCCCCCACUCCCAACCCCCUUAAAAUAUCCAAAAUGACCACAGCUAUGAACAUUUAUCAAAUCUAGGGGGCUGGCUGGCCACAGUGGAAGCCCCUGGGUAUCCCAGGCACCCACCUUCCACUUAAGCGAGGCAGUUGGUUAAUAUAUACUGCACAGAUUGUACCAUUAUUUGUUAAAAGAUAGCUUGCAUUUCAGGAGAAAAAAAUUUCCAUCUUUGACUCUCGGUGAGUCCCACUCUCUUUAGCCACUGCUCUAGAUAAAAUUAAUAUGGAUUCCCACCAGCACUCAAGCUAAGUGAAUCAGUGACUAGUUUUAAAAGUCAACUUAGUGUUUACUUCUGGACAUCUCCUUUACGACUAAGUGAAUUAUUUUUCGUGUUUUUAGCCUUCUCUCUGUGUGUGUGUUUUAAAAUUAAUUAUUAUUGUAGCAUUGACUCUGAAAAGCCCUAUGGGGAUGAGCCAAUGAAAUAUUUAUGUUUAUGUAUAAAUUGAUGGCUUGAUUUUCGUGAAACCACUUUUCUAUCCCAUGGUAAAUGUAUGUGAGACUAAGGAAUUAAAUUUUGGAGCUUUUGUGCUCCAAUCAAUAAGUUAUUAUUGUUUCUGUCCUGUUUUAGGCUAAAAUCACUACUUCUAUUAUUUAUUUGUUAUUUACUUUGAAUAGUAUUAAUCAUUUUAUUAACUUUCUACAGAGCGAUCAGUUCCCAUCAAGGAUGGCUUCUGUCCAAUCAUCAAGGAACCAAGAACAUCCUGUCCAAGCUCAAAAUGUAGUGCUGACGAUGAUUGUUCUGGCAUGCUGAAAUGUUGCGAUGUUCCAGGAUGUGGUAAAACCUGCCAGGAACCUUCUUUCUCAAGUAGGUUUUUUCGUAGAUUUCUGACUGAUAUUAUUGUGCAACUUCUAGUUUAGCUUAUGACAACAGAUUUCCUCCCUUUGCAUUUAAAUUACUAUGUUAUUUAGUUGCUCCACUAAAUUUCCAUCCCUCAGUGUGAAGUGUGGUUGUCGCUCACAGGGUUGCCAUGGAUACCUACAUGUAGUGCUCAACUUGAUCUAACAGGACUCAAUAGCCACCUUUAAGGCACCCUCCCCUAACCUUCUCUAGUGGUAAUUACUUUAAUUGGAUUUGACUUAAUUAUUUAUUUGCCAGUGAAGAUCAGUUUUUGUGCCCUACAUGUACUAACAAAGUGACUGGACCUUUACUUGUUUGAAGCUGAUGAACAUGUUAAUUGUAUGAAUGUUUUCAGCCUGUAUCAAUGGAACAAAACCAUUCUUGUUGUGUCUGCACAUGUGUCAGUUUGCUCGUUGUCCAGCUGACCCACAAGCCACCUGCUUCUCAGAUCCAUGCAGAAUGUGCAAAGUGGAGUUCCGUGAUGAGCAAGGAAAUGUAGUCAACUGCACCAAAGGUUUGCUAAACUCUGUGUCAGAAGCUGAAAAUUAAAAUAGUAAUAAUCAUAAACUUGUAUUAUUGGGCACCAAAAAUGUUUGGGUGCUGUUAGUUGUGGAACUUAAGUUGAUUUAUCCUUUUGUUGAAAGCAUUGCAUGUAAUGAAUGGUUAUUCCUAAAAAAUGAACCAUUUGGUGGGUUAAUAAUAAUUUGUUAGAGCACAGAAUGGGCUUUUAGUGUGUACCUUUGUGGGUAUACAUUUAUGUACUGUGCUGGAUCAACACCUCCAUUUUAUUGAAUGACAGUAGUAUUCAUUGCAUUAUGCCUCCCAACCUUGUCCCUUUAAGCCCUAAUAUCUGCAUCCAAAUUCUCCAGACUGAUCUCCAUACAUUUCCUUGAAAAAUUAGUGGAGAGAAUUUAAUAAAAGAUCAAAGCAUUUUCGCCUUGAUGCUUAUUUUGUUAAUUCAUACAACUUUUCUCUUGAUUUUGUGGUUGAUGUCGUCAGGAGAAAGUUCAUGUUGGUCAGUCUUUGGCCUUUUAAGGGUUAUUUUGUGGAUGCGGCGUGGCUAAGCAGUUAGAGGGCGGCGCCAAGUUCAAGCGCUGCUCUAACUGCUAGUUGCAGGCAUUUUCCCCCCAGUAAAUCCUGAGUUCAACUCCUUAGACAUACCUGUCAAAGGCCAAUCGGUUUGCUGCUUGUGAGUUGGGAUUCCUAUUUGUCAUGAUUAUUUUUUAAAUUUCCCUCUUUGUACUCCCAUCAAAAGGUCUGACCCCAUGUCAAGCUCGUCAGCAGUUAUCAAAAGGCCUCCUUGGUGAGUUUGUUCCAAAGUGCAAGGCUGAUGGCAGUUAUGAACCUUUACAAUCACAUGAGGGAUAUUCCUGGUGCGUUGAUGAAGAUGGAAAGGAAAUUAAUGGAACAAGGAUGCGUUUCAAGCAACCAAUUUGUGGACCACAAGCUUUGAAGAGUAGUAAGCUUGUUUUGAUGACCUUUAGUAUUGUAUGGAUUUAUACUUGAAGACUGUGGGCAAAAUCCAUUCAACCAAAGUUUCUUGUGUGAGGGAAGAAAUUUUAUUUUUUUAUGUAGCCAGAGAGAAAAAUCAUAUUUUCAAGCACACCAUAUCGGCCUGAUUCAAUCCUUCUGCCAUGAAUGCUAGCCUGUAUUAAAUGGCUUAAAUUUAUAUAAGGACAGGUCUUUUAUGGUAAGGCUAACAGAGAUUGGCUUGUCUGUUUUUUUCUUUUAACAUGCGAGCUGUAGAACUCUGAUAUUAACUGUUUUUUUUUUGUGCACUUUCAGAUCUAACAUUGUGUCAGCUACAGAGGCUCCAAAGUGGUAAAUUAAAUUAGAGUUUUCGUUUUAUUUAACUGUACAGAUUCAUAAUAAUAAAAUUGAGGCAUCACACUACUUUCCAGCAAGCCUCUGUUUCUAUGGUGUUUUCUAUCAUAAUCUACAGUGAAAUCUGGUUCUUGUCCAAAGCACCAGCCUCCAGCUUGUGUUAUAACAUGCAAAACUGAUGAAGACUGUGAAGGCUCCAAAAAAUGUUGCAGUAACGGUUUUAGUGCUUGGUGUGUGGAGCCAAGUAAGCUUUGACAUCCACCUUUUUACUCAUACAUGAAAAUUGUUGAUAAAAAUUUAAAGCAUAUGUACUUGUAUUAGCACCAGUGAAUGGCCUGCCUCUCUUUUGAAACGUUAUUAAAACAGAAUCCAUCAGCAAAUUGAGUAACUUUAAUUUCAGUGGACAAAAACCUUGUACCAGAAUAAUUUAAACAAAUUGCAUUCUUUUUUACAUUUUUCAAGGGGUUACAGAUAACUAGUUAUGUCUAUAACCCUAAUUUAAAAGAUGUUGUAAUAUUGUUUAAAUUAUUCUGCUACAAGGGUUUUGUCCAAUAAAAAUUGAAAUUACUCAAUUUCCUGAUGGAUUCCAUCUUAAAAAUGCACAUAAAAGCUACCAGUUCACGAUCAGUCUGUUGUUUGCUAUGGGACACCUCUUUAGGCUGUACACCUGGUGUUGGUCCCUUUCUCUGCUGUUUUUUCAGUUGCUUAAGGGGUGGGGAAACUUCACAGCAGCUACGUUCAAUUCAAGCACAGUGGAGUAAAAUGCAUGAUCAUUAAACUUUGAGUAUACUGAUCAGUCUUCUUUGGAGCUGUUACUCAUUUGCUUACUCUUACUACCCAGUUACUUUUGUGUUUACUGUUGUCAGAUCUUGAAAUUUUUUAACUCAUAUUUCAGGUACACCAAUGCCUGGUCGGUAUAUUCCACAGUGCAAGGAAGAUGGAAGUUUUGAGGAAGUGCAGUGUCAUCCCUCCACAGGAUAUUGUUGGUGUGUUGAUACUGAAGGCUGGGAGAUUGAAGGAACAAAGAUCAGAGGAAUGCCAAGCUGCAAGAAAAGUACUGAAUAUGUUUUGUUGAAGUUUAUCUUCAUGUAUAUUCAUUUUGGGUGAUUAUGUCUGACACAGCACUGAAUGGAUAUGUUAGAAGUAUACAGCAGGUAUACAGUGUGUUUUACAAAUGAAGGUCAAAUAAUUAUUUGCAACAAAACUGUUGCAAAAAUCAACAGCGAAAUGUAAAUAAGAUGAUGGAAUCUUAACAGCAUCUGUAAAAAACUUCUAAAAAGCAAAAAAAUACACUGGAGAGCAAAGUCAGAAUAAAUGGCCAUGAAUACUAAAUGACAAUGUUGAAAUGAUCAACUUAUAUGCAAAGCCAUUACAUCACCUUCAUUGGUGAUUUCACAAGAUUAAGAAUCUUGAGAUUUAAAGGGUUUUCAAUGAUUAUGCUAUUCAGAGAACAGGAUAGAGAAUUAAAAUUUGUGUUUUCAUUCCAUCAGCAUGCCACCCAGUUAUGUGCAGAAUGUAUUGUGAAUAUGGUUGGGCUAAAGGUCCGGAUGGCUGCGACAUCUGCAAGUGCGCUGACGCUCCAACCAAACCUGGUUUCUGUCCAGCUGUGGAAUCAGGGCAGCUUGGAACUUGCGUCGAGGAAUGCAGCAAUGACAAUGAUUGCCAUGGAAACAAGAAGUGUUGCUCUAAUGGGUGUGGUCAUGUAUGCACUGCCCCAGAAUACAAAGGUACCUACUUCUAAUCUCAUCUAUUUAGUAAAGUUGUGAAGUAGGAAAAAAGAGGUGCUUUAAUGAAUUUCGUAAAAAAAAAACCAAAUAGCAGUGACAAUUUCCUAGUUUACGUAGUUUGUAGUGAUUAUGAUCAUACGUCUUGAAAGUAACCAGAUGCCACCUUUUUUAGUCUUAUCAAAAUCAGUAAAAUAUUAUAAUUUUGCAUUUUUAAGCCAAGCCAGGUUAUUGCCCAGCAGUUGAAACCCAUCAUGUUGGUAAACCCAAAGUCAUGUUGGUAUCUGCAAAAGUGUUGUAGAAAUGCAGUUCGGAUCGUUCAGAAGGUAAAUUGCAAAAAUAAAUAGAGGAGAUCAUGGUGGCGAGAAGAAGUUUUAUGUUGUAGAAAAUAUCUGCAGUCGUGUUCUGUAGUACACCUGUUCAAUGUUCUUUUUAUUAUAUGGAGAAACCAAUUCAACAAAAGCAAAAGGCGGGGAAUCGUGUUGUCAUUGAACGAUAAACCCAUCUAACAAAAAAUAAUAAUGAAUAUUUCAUUGUUUUUUAUUUCUUCAAUCUGAAAAAUUAAAGCUCUUGAACAUGACUGUCAUGUCUGCUGUCCAACUUACACUUCUGUGUCUUUGAUUUUUAAGCUUGUCCACGUGGUGCACCUUUGAUGAUGUGUCUGAUUGAUCCUUGUGAAACAGCCAGCUGCCCUGCCAACCCUAAAGCCAGAUGUCGUCCAAACUAUUGUGGCCAAUGUUCAGCUCAGUUCUUUGAUGACAACAACAACCUUGUCAAUUGUUCUGCAAGUAAGUUUUAAUACAAAAGGUAGAGUAUCCAUUGGUCAUUCUUGUUCCUAGAGCUGCGAUCCUUUUGAUCCUUUUGGUUUUGGCAACUAGAGCAAUCUGUUUUUUGUUCAUAGUCACCCGCUCUCCGUAACCUUUGCCUAUUACGUGGUUCUAAAAUGUGAGUUAUCAACAAAUUUUCACAGGUGUGACCCCAUGUCAGAAGGAAUAUUUGGAAGCGACAGGUGGUCCCCCUGGAAUGGUUGGUCAGUUUAUUCCCCACUGUCAUAGAGAUGGUUCCUACUCUCCUUUGCAGUGCCAUGCCUCCACUGGCUUCUGUUGGUGCUCAACCACAGAUGGCAAGAAAAUUCCAAAUACUAAAAUCAGGGGCCAGCCCAGCUGUAAGUUUGAGCUGCAAACCUUUAUCUUGAGUAACGGGGUGCUGUAUGAGUUGUCAAAGACAGUGAAAAAAGAAUUACCGUAUUUACUCAAAUAAUUGCCAUGGCUCAUAUUAAAAUAUUAAAUUUUUCAUGCCUCAAAUGUGGUGCUUACUCAAGCUAGGAUACCACUUAUUUGAUGGUGGCGUUUAUUUGAAAGUUGAAUGUGACAAAGAAUUGUAUUAACUACCAAUGGUAUUUCUUUCCAUAUUAAACUAACGGAAUUAACGGAGGUAGUGCUUAUUAACUAUUUUCUCCCACAUGCAGUGCUUAAUUGGGGGUAGAACUAAUUUGAGUAAAUACAGUAUUUCAAGAUCAGGAAGUCUUACUUGAAAGGCAGACUUUCUGAAAGUUAUUGAAUUUCCUUUCGAGAUGUUACAGGUUAUAAAUUACUACAAAUUAAAGAUUUGAAUUUUCACUUUGAGAACAUUCUCUAGUCUGUAUCUUUUGAAAUAUAGAAAAAGCUUAGUUGGUAUAAAAAUAUCUUGGGUUACAUUUGCAUUUUUAUGAUUAUAUUUCUUCUUAAUUUAAAGGUUCACGAUGCAAACAGCAGGCCUAUGAAGCAACCCAUCCCCCUCGCAUUGGAGCUUACAUUCCUCAGUGUAAUGACGACGGUAGUUAUAAACAUUUGCAGUGCUGGGGCUCCACUGGACAGUGCUGGUGUGUGACAGCAGAUGGAACUGAGGUACCUGGGACCAGACGAAGAGGACAACCCAAAUGCGACACUAAUGAAGGUGUGUUGUUAUUUUGGAACUCAAGGAGCGUAAAACUAUGAGCACUGACCAUGAGAGGGAGACUUUGAAAAAAGUAGUUGAUUUGUUGAGCCAAUUAAAAACUUUGCUCAAGCACAAUUACAUACAAUUUUUUCACAUUUCUUUGCCUUCCAGCUACAACUACCUUUUCUUAGCCAUAAAACUACAGUUGUAUGUACAUGAAAUCAGCAUAAGACUUAUAAUUCCAGAUAUCUAUCAUGAAUGUUACUUUUCCUAAUAUGACCUUACACAGGGAACAUGAAAAUGCACAGGAUGUUAAGUAUAUGCUUGAAGAAGUUUGCCAUGUACCCCUCCUGUGACAUGCUGCCCUUACUAGAAGUCUGCUUUGGCACUUCCAUUUCCAUUUUUUGUUAAUUCUCUCUCACCAAGAGAAGCUAUGGCCAGAAAUACAUCUGAGUGCCGAUUAGACCAGUUCUUACUGAAGAUACGAGGGAGAAGUGCAAAAACAUGCUAACCAAUUGGCUGCAUCAUAUCAUUGCUUACCAGGAUUAUCAUGUAGCGAAUCUUAUAAGACGUUUGAGAGCAGCAGUCUUAAAUGUGGCCUGAAAUAGUAAAAUGAUGACCCUUGUGUCACUUGGCCAAGCUCCUCGUUAGAAAGCAAACUGUAGGAAAUUAAUUCUAGUGUUAUUUUUUAAAACUUUUUUUCAUACUCUGUCUUUUAAGCUGUAGUCAGUGCCUUUAGUAUUGAAUCCACCUGUGACAAUGGUAAGAAGUGGCAGUUAUGCAAAGAUGUUUGUAAGACGGCUACCUGCACUAAAAACCCUGAUGCUAAGUGUGUGUCACCCAUGGGAGGCUGUGGAUCAGAUGCAUGUCAACCUAAAUUCUAUGACAGCUUGGGAAAGCAGGUGCAAU